AUGGAGCGCCCCCACCGUCCUCCGCCGCUCACGAUCCCCCCGCCGCCCCGAAGCCGGACCCGAGUCCGGAGACCUCGCCGUCCCAACGCACAACAGGCGCGACAGUUCAAGCGAUGGCUCCUUCGCGCCCAAAUCGCCAAUGACGUAGCGCACGUCGCCGCCGCCUCGAUACUCUUAUGGAUCAUGUCGUGGUUCCUCUACAACGUCUCGUUUCCUUUGACAUAUCCCACAGGUCCCGCCGCCGUCGCCUUAAUCGCGAUCCUCUCCACGGACAUCCUCCUCGACGCCCGCUCAAUAGUCCACGCCCACGACCCUUGGCCAGGCUGGACCCUCCUCAUCCGCCUCGUUCUCGGCGCCUCCCUCAUCGCAAUCUUCUGGGUCUAUAUCUCCCUCGGCGACGUCUUUGCGCGCGGUUUCACGUACUGGGGUAUGUCCGACACCUACGGCCGCGUGCUGGCGUACAUGUUCCUCUGGGGCAUUGGGCUCUGGGACUUGCUUUUUGUGGUGCUAUGCCGGCAUUGGUUGGGCAAGGAGGUCAAGAGGUACGGAACGAAGGCGAGAAGUGUAUUUGGGAACGAGAACGGGAGGAGGAGGAGGGGGAUUCGGGGGAGGAUGUCACCUGGUGGGAGCGCCAUGAGGCUUGGGAGUGCGGGUGGAGAGGGGCCGGGGCGGAUUGACGUUGUUGAUAUUGAGGCUGCAAGACCUGUUGAGGAGGGCGGCGGCGGUGGUGUUGGUGGGGAGACGGUUGGGUUACCUGUAAGGAUGGGUGUGAGGAGGGUCAAGAACAGCGUGAGCGCGAGCGUCAACUCCAUCGCGAGUGGGACAGGGCCAGGGAAUGGGAUGGGAAACGAGGAUUCAUCGCCGCCUCCGCCUGCAUUUAUGAGGCCUGCAUGA